AUGGAACUCUCGAUCGAUGUCGUAGAGGACUCACGGAGAAGCAGUGGUGGGGAGCUCCAGCCCAGUAGUAACAAUGAAAAUCGUCUCCAAUCGACACAGGAGCAGCUAGCGGAACUGCAGCUAUUAGCUCGUGCCGAUCUGCAGUCCCCCGCUUCAUCAUUCACGUCGCCAUCGAACGAAGUGACAGAAUCGUCCUUGACUCUUGAAAACGAAAGCAACAGCCAGUCGAACGAAGACGAUGUACGUGAAAGACCUGUUGUCGCAACGGGAGGCCUGAGCAGCUUUUCAGCGAUUCUGGCAGCAUCAAGGAAAAUAGCGAUGACUUGUACUGAUCAGCCCGCCGAAAAUGGGGUACCGGUGGCACCGUUAGACAGUCCGCUCUCAGUGGAUAUUGUGAGAAGUUCCAAAACUCCAGUAAAUGGUCUUCCAACGCUGAACGAAGAAGCUGAGGGCGAGGAGGAGGAAGACAACGACGAUACUCCGGAAACAAAAGCAAAUGCCACGAGUACGUCGUUUGUGGAUAAACUAUCGAGUUCAAGCUCAAGUGCUGAGGUAAUUCCAGUAAGGCAAGAACAGGAGCUGGAAGAGCGGGAUAAUGACGACUUUGAAUUCGCAGAGAUGCUGGAGCACCUUUCACGUGGUAAAAUUGACUGUUUGACGCUUACACUGGGCGAUCUUACACCACACAAGUUGAAACGAGUUCAUGAAGCGCUGAGUAAAGCUCAACUUGCAACACGCACUAUGCCAUACGUGCGAACUCUCGUAUCCGUCGACAUGUUACAGUUAUUGUUACAACGGCUUGGAGCGCAAACAGUUCGCGAGGCCGUCAGUCGAGCAAUGCAAUACGUCAGCGAAAGAGAUGAGUCAAUCGCUCCAAUCGCUCUCUUGACCAGUAGCAAUGUCACUGCCAUUGUGCUCAAGGCACGUCAAGAGUUAACAACAGAAGAACCUGGUAUGGUUUCAUCGCAGCUUCCUAGAUGUGCCAGUCCUACCACCAGCAAACAAGAAAUGAGUCUUUCUUCACGGAUACCUCCAAGGCCAUUCAGCUCUCCGUCGUCGUCCGUAUCUUCGUCUCCGCGAUGCGGAACACCUCGAAGCCCCGCUGCCGACCGUCGCAGCAUUUUGGCGAAAGAAGGCGUCCAUGUUUUGAUGCAGGAGAAAUUGGUAUCUUUCGACCAUCGAGGCCAGGCCAAGGCUUUGCCAGCAUUUCGAGUACGAGGUGCCAAUGCUGCAUUAACGGAUUCCGCUGCUAAGCGCCGCCAACGAGGACUGCAAUACGCCAACGAGCAUGUUUCUCAUCGCACUGUGCACAUCUUGCAUUUUGCCACGUGGGCCAAGAAGUCGAUUUUGCCAAAAAGGAUCACCCGCAAUCAAGCGACCAUGGUGCACAUUAUCAACGGAGAGAUCGUACCGGACGACGACCCGCGGGUGCGCGCGCGCCAACAGCCUCAGCAAAGUCAGCAGCCUCAAAGACGCUUCGGGUCUGUGCACGACGGCGGGCCAGCAGCUCCGUCCACUGCUGGGGCAGCUCCUGCAGCCGCUGGAGCCUCACCAUUGCAGGGAUUGGCACGACAAGUGGGUUUGGAGGGAACUGUGACUAUACCGGCAGUAAAUGUACUGGGUCUGCCGGCCAGACCCGUACAGAAGAUCCACUUGGCAGUGGCGGCUCUACUUACGGUAUUCUUCGGCUGGCGGGCACUGGUGUUCCUCGCCUUCGCCUACUUCCUAUCGACUCAGCAACCACCAGCUACAAGACACACUUAAUGACAAGAAACCUUUUGAACUCCUUUUAAGGGGUAGGAAAAAGAGAACGAGGACAUCAAUGGACGUACAUGUAUUGAACGUUUGCUUUACCCUUGCUAAUAUACGACGUUUUAUUAUGAAGACAGGUUGAACAAACAAUUUUUUUUAUCUGGAACAGCAGU